CCACUGUCAGUGCCUCCUAGAUUAUAAAGCCAAUGGACAGGUUGUAGAAACAAGUGUGACGUCAAAGUUAGUAGGCCCACGUGAUGUUCUCGAGGUUUGGAUUCUCAAUUGGGAAGCCAUUGCUUUGCGGUGUACAUAGACUGGAAUGUUAGCACGUGCUGUCGGGGAGAAGAAAUACUUGAAAAUAUGCCAUUUAAAUGCUGUGUAACUGGUUGUCGGGGAAAUUAUAAAGGUACUGAAAAGGUGCAUACAUUUUCCUUUCCCAAAAAUGAUGCUCUUAGAGAGAGGUGGCUAAGAAAUAUACCUAGGAAGGACUUCUCAGCAACUCCAUAUUCUCGGGUGUGCCAUAAACAUUUUCAACCUGAUGACCUCAUCUGGGAAACAUCAGCUUUCGAUGAAAAAAAUGGGAAAAUCAUUAAAGCUUCACUGCAGAGACCAAAACUAAAAGAAGGCGCUUUUCCUAGCAUAUUUGAUGGCUGUCCAUCGUAUUUAUCUUCACAAGCUGGUAGUUCGAGAAAAAGUCCGAAUGAGAAAAAAAUGGAACGAGAAGCAAACCUCAUGAUGAAAGCUAUUGCUCAUAGUAAAUUAUCAGCUGCUGAGUAUUAUAAAUCGAGGACAUUUUCAGACUUUAAUGAACUUUUAACCUGUUGUACGCAAUAUAAAUUUUCUACAUUUUGGAACGUUGUGCACAAAGACAAUAUCUUGAUGUUUUUGAAUUUAAAAUGCACUGAUGGAUGUGUAAAAUUGCUUUAUGCAGUCCACAUUACUGCAGAUCUUUUAUUAUCUGUAUCGUUUCAAAAUAAGUUAUUGACUCAUAUCAGUAGUAAGUAUAAUGAGUUACCUAUAAAAGUAAGUAAUAUUAAUGAAAUUCAUGAAAUACUUGAUCAUAUUGAAAUGUUAGAAACUAAAGACUUAAUGAAUUCGAUUGAAAUUAUAAUCAACCUGAUGAAAUCUUUAAGUUUCACAAAUGAAGGUGAUAAAAUUUUAUUUGAGUUCAUGAUUGAACAACUUUCUCUUGUAAAAUGUAAGCCCCAAAAUCGUCAAUAUUCAUCCAAUACCUUAAUUUUAGCUUCUAUGUUUUAUUUGUUAUCGCCCCAAGCAUAUAAAUUUGUCCGACAAUCUGGUAAUUUAAUUUUGCCUCAUCCAAGUACUAUACAUAAAAUAAGUUCUAAAUUAAAUGUAAAUCCCCAAAAGGAAACAGAUGAUAUGUUGUUUUUGGCAUAUGCUAAGCAAAAAGCUUGCUAUCUGAAAGAGCAUGAAUUAUAUGUUUCAUUAAUGAUGGAUGAAAUUCACAUCAGACCUUUUCUUGACUACAAAAGUGGAGAUAUUGUUGGAAUUGGCCAGGAAGUUGAUAACUUAGCUUCUAGUGCACAUGUAUUUAUGAUACAGAGUAUUUUGUGCUGCUUUAAAGAUGUUGUCCAUAUAUUACCAUCGAAGAAAAUGACAGCUGAAGUUUUGUUCACUGUUUUGAAAAAAAUAAUUGUUGGUCUUGAAGCAAUAGGUUUCAAAGUAAUUGUUGUUGUUAGUGACAAUAAUUCCAUUAAUAGAAGAUGUAUAUCUCUGUUUAAUAAUCCAUUAUCAAAUUUUGUAUUUCCUCAUCCUGUUGAUGCAACUCGUCCAUUGUUUUAUGCAGUUGAUUCUGUUCAUAUUAUUAAAAGUGUUCGUAACAACUGGUUAAACCAGAAAAACCCUGAACAAGCUAUGUAUUUUCCAAAUUUUGACUUGUCUUCAAAUAAUGUAUGUACCUCUUCAUUUCUUACUUUAAAAAAUAUGUAUGAAGCUGAAAGUGGUAAUUUGUUAAAAUAUGGAUAUACAAUAUCUCGUAAAGCUCUGUGGCCUACAAAUUUAGAACGUCAAAGUGUGAAACUGGCUUUACAAAUUUUCAACGAUCAAACAUCACAAGGCCUGAAAGAAUUAGGAGUAAAGCAUAAUUUGUUAAAUUUUCACGAAACAUCUGCAUAUAUUAAAAUAUUUUCGUCGUGGUUUUCAAUAAUGAAUGUUAAAACACCAAACAAGGGGGUACAUUCUUGUGAUGACUUCUGUAAACCAUUAGUAUGGAAUGAAUCAGACAAGAAGUUUGUAUUUUUAAAUAAUUUUCUUGAUUGGUUGAUGAAAUGGAAAGAAAUGAAGAGUGAUACGGGUAGGUUGACAAAAGAGACACUUUCUGCUCUUAUAUUAACAACAACGUGUAUGAUAGAAAUGUGUAGGUAUUGUCUAGGUGAACUCAACAUGUCGUAUUUUUUGCCCGGUAAAAUUCAGACAGAUGAAUUGGAACAUCGUUUUAGUUUAUAUCGCAGGAUGGCUGGAACAAAUUAUCAUAUAUCACUUCGACAGGUUUUUGAAGUAGAAAACAAACUACGUGCAUGUUCUGUAUUAAAUCUAACUAUGAUAUCGAAAAGUAAAGGGACAAUUGUUAUCGAUGACUUUUUCUAACUCUUUUGAUUUGAU